AUGAACUUUGACAGAGCUAACGCUGUAAAUUCAGGAAUCCCUCUUCCUGAGUUGUACAGCAUUUUAUCCUCAGAGGGAAUUCGCACCACAGAGUUUAAGACUGGUGUUUUGCUGCAUAUGCGUACACCCGGAUUCAGAAGUUAUCUGUACAACCCCUGCUUAGAAACGCUUGCACAUGAUGUGAUUCUGGCUCAGUGGUUAGAGGAGAACAUACAGCUGAGUGAUGCCAUAUCUCAGGCUGUCCAGUGUGCUUUGAAAAUUCUGGAUGAGUGCAAUGUCCAAAGGAUAGCACAUAGCCGGAAGCCACGUGUCAAAAUAGCAAUAUCAGCUGGCAGAUUCUCCAGAGUGAGAGUAGGAGAUGAAGAGCAUCAGAUUUGUGUUGUCUUUGGCCCGGCUGUGGAGGACAUACGAUCGGCUGAGGCGCUGGUGGAGCCUGGCAAGAUCAUUCUCUCCCCUGAAGCAUGGCGGCUCUGUGACAGAGAAAAUCUUACUAUCGAACCUAUUGAAAACCAAGAAGCUGUCACGGUGCGAUGCAUCAGGCAACAGCAGAGUGUCUCAGUGGAAGACCUGGACAUCCCUGAGAGGAGAUACCAAAGAAUUGCAUACCUAAUAAAGAAUGUGGAGAGAGAAAACUUCAUCCGUAUAUAUAUGAUGCAAACAGCCCUGCAAAAGAUAUAUGAAACCGGGCGAGGGGAACACCUGCAGGAGAUAUGGCCCGCCACCGUCAUGUUUGUGAAUCUGCAGUGCGCUCAGACUCUGAUGGAUCUGAGAGGCAGUUGUCAUAAAGUCAGCGAAAUUAUUGCCGAGCAGAUGUUCAGCUGCCGUGCAGAAAUCUGCAAUAUCUUCUUUUUUGAAGAGGGCUGUAUAUUUCUGGGUGUCGUUGGCUUACCUGAGGAUAAGAGACAGGAUAAGGCUGCUGUCGCACUGCAGGCUGCUUACCGUAUACAUGAACUGUGCCUCCAAGAAAUCAGCAGGCUUUCGACUGUCUCUGUAGGUGUAACUACAGGUAGAGUCUUGUACAGUUUGGAGCAGCUUCCUUUGAACAAGAAAUACACAGCGUACGGACAUAUAGUGAAUCUGGCUGCAAAGCUGACGACGGACUACCCGGGGAUUGUGUCAUGUGAUGUGGCGACCAAGCUUUACUCCAUGCUGCCUCUUUCGUGCUUGAUCCCUCAAGUGACACGCAGUCAGUAUGAUGGAGUGCGUUAUCAGGACGAGAUUAAUCAGAUGCUUGCUGAUGAAGCUGCAAUGUGCAGUGGGAUGGACGGCAGGCGUCUGGCUCUAGCUCACAUGCAGACAAUGCUGCUAUUCGAGCGGAUGGUGGUGAAAUACGCCUCCGCUAUUGGCCACACCUUCACCACUGAGAUGCUGCAGAACAUCCUGCCUUAUCUGAGUAAACUGGAUCUCCCAGUCACACUUAGAUCGCUGUUUAAAGGGGGCGUGUUCAAGUGUGCCUCCAAGCCUAGAAACAGCUCGUCAACCAAAACCUGUUACUGCGAGAACAGCCCCGAAGGUGAGUACACGUGGGUUUCAGCGGAUCCUGUAUGGACGUGUCGGCUGAUGAGUUUCUGCAACAAAGAUGAAAUGGAGAUGGUGCAUAAGCUGAUACAAGCGAAUGAGUAUUUAUUCCGAAUGAUCCACAUUAAAUGUGCCAACUACCUGGAGAAAAAGGCCUACCGCUGCAGCAAGUGCAACAAUGAUAAGUUCAUAUUCGGACACACAGUAGCCACAGGCAACAGCAACCGCAACAACAACAGCAGCAGCAGCAGCAGCGAGUAUCUCCAGGAGAUCUACAAGUCAAUACGGCCUUACGAGAUCUUUCAACAACAAGGCACCCACCUUCGAAAUCAGAUGUGCCCAGCUGAAGAAAAUGGUAAUAAUACAGAGAACUUCCUGGCCAAGGUGAACUCAAUAGUGACGGAAGCGCGUGACAGGACGAGCAGCUGCGAGUGUGCUCAGCUAGUGGAGACAGUACUCAUCCCUAGAGUGAGACACUGGAGGUGUGCAGGAGACGUGCCCAGGACCUUUUACUACCUGGUGGAGAGUGCAGCUGCCUGUGAUUUUCUACAGAAUGAUGCCAGGGCGCUGGAGUUUUCGAAUGAGGCCAGGUCCAUUUUGGAAAAUCUAAAUGCAGGGAAGCCUGCAUUCACAUCAGCAGAUCGUGGAGACGUUCAGAUCUGUAAAUUUCAGCAAGCAUGUAUGCAUCGGCUCACAGGAGAGAUUCUGUUUAAAGCAGGGAACAUUUUGGAGGCUGAGGAGAACUUUAAGAAAGCCUUGAAGCUCCUGAACUGCAGUCUCCCUCGCAAUUCUGUUGCUCAAUCCCUAAAGUUCAUAUACGAGAAGAUGAAGAAACUCCACUACCGCUCCAGACAGUUCGAGAUCGCAGACAGAAGGAAGCUAGCCCGUCUGCAGGAGUGCGUCGAUUGUCUGUCCUUCCUGUGGCAAAUCAGCUGCAUGCGUGGCCAGCUCAAGAGUGCAUCACUGGCCAUCACCAUGGAGAUCAACCUGGCCAUCCAGAGCGCUGAUACGUUCAAGAUCCUCUACUCUGCCAUUGACUGUCUCAAGUACAGUCAGCUUGUGGCCGAGGAGAGCGAGUGCAGGCGUCUUGAAGCUUUCCUGUGCACGACUUGUGCCAGCCUGCCAGACUACCCUGAGGGCCGGAGGCUGAUCAGCCGCUUGACUCAAACCCUUGCUGUCGUUAAACUGUGCACAGGGGACCUGGAGCAGUCCAUCGCAUGCACUAUACGAGCGCAGCAGCUGAAUGAAGUACUGAACAGACCCGGUUUGGACGCGAGGACCACCGCUGCAUUACAUCUGCCUCUGCUCCUCACAUACAGAUACAGGGAGAGUGUGCAGCAGAUCCUGAUUUUGGAGAAUUGGAGCAAAGAAAUGUCGAGCAGCGUAGCCAAGGGCUGGUUUUAUGCUGCGUGCAUGAACUUCUUGCUCUAUGCUGGAUUUGCACUGAGACCAUUUGAGGAGUGUUUGGCCUUCGUGGAAGAGUCUCGGUCAGAUGCGAUCCUGGAAGCCGAUAAGAGUCUGAUGAUGCAUCUGUACUCUGCAGUGGCUCUGUGGUAUGCACGGCUGGAAAAUUGGGAGAAGUGUGCAGUCUUCUACGAUAAGGCAUGUGAAGUGUACGCUCAGAUUCCAACCACUAUCGAGUCCAUCAGUGGUGUGGUCAUGCUCCUGGAGUGCAGCGUUCUACUCUUCAGGAAAAAGCUGACUGAAUGCAACAGUCAGAGGAGGAUUUCCCUUAAAAGAACACGAAAGCUCUUUUCAGACUUCACACAGCGAUUUGGAAGAAAUCACAUCUUCGGCCCGCGUGUGCUGCACCUGAACGCUUACUUGCACCAUCUGGCUGGAAGCAACACACUGAUGCAGGAUCACCUCAAUGAGGCUCUGUUGCUGUGUGAGAAACAGGGCAACCUUCUAGACCAGAAGUGGAUCAGACAGAGCCAGGCUGACUGGUCUGGUGCGUGCAGUGACACUCCAGCAGCUGAGUGUCCUACAGCGGUUCUGAGCAUGCCCAGUUGGGACGAGGCAGCAAUACUCCAGCCUGAGGAGCUGCUUAAGUAUUGCUUCCACUUGAAAAAGCAAAAGGGUGGAGGUCUUCCCAUACAUUAGGAAAAAACUGUAGCUUAUUUAUUAAUACCUACAAUAUAGGGUGCAUGCGCUCACAUGCUCAGACCUUUGAGACAAUGUGACGUGGUGACCAUACUAUAAAAUGGCUGACAGUCCCUAUGGAAGCGAGCGAAAGAGAAUCCUGGCAGUUAUCUGGUAUUCAUAGAACAGGGUUACGUACAUAAGCUAAUGUUGUAUUUCAGCCCUCCACCACCAGGGGGUGGUGUUCCAGCACCUGGAUGAUCUAUACCAGUGGGUCACGAGCAACCGACUCACCCUCAGACUGACUAGCCAGAUUCGAGGAUACUUGCUGCACUCUCUCAUUUAGAUGAUGAUGCUGAUCUUAUAAGAUCUGGGAAAGGUACAUGGCAGUGUGCAGGUAUCAAGUGAUUCGAGCCAAAAGCUGACACUCAGUAAAGCUCCUCUGAGGGAAGCCUAGCGGAAACCUCACUCAGCAUUGCUCUAGGAAGGUACAGAGGUGUAUUCGAGUUACUGAAGACCUAACUCACUAACCUUACUCCUGCUCCAUGAUAUCCCUAGUAUGGUUACCAUGUGACUUUGCGUCAAAGGUCUCGGCAUGUGUGCGUGUGUGUAAAAGAAGGUAUCCGGGUGGUGAAAACACUCCUACUUGGAUAUACUUAAGAUUAAACUUCACUCAGAUACUGUUAAAGCUAUUUAAAAAAAAAAAAUUUAAAAAAAAAGUAAAGAAAAAAAAAAAGCUAAAAGCUCUACUAAAA